AUGGCUUCACAAGGAGGACAUGAAUUAUGGUUAAUAUCUGCACCAGGUGAUAAAACAGCUCAAGAAACUUGGGAAAAACUUGAUGUUGCUACAUCAUCAUUUUCCAGAAACUACAAAUUUACUAUUCCAGAUUUGAAGGUUGGUACUCUUGAUCAAUUAGUUGGAUUAUCUGAUGAUCUUUCUAAACUUGAUACUGCUGCUGAAGGUGUAACACGUAAACUUGUCCAAUAUUUUGGUGAAGUUCUUGAAGAAGGAAAAGAAAGAUUGGGUGAAAAUUUACAAAUUGAUGGAAAGGAUGUUUAUACUUAUGUCACUAAAUUUCAAUGGCAAGCAGCAAAAUAUCCAUUAAAACAAUCGUUGAAAGUUUUAAGUGAAAUCAUUGGUAAACAGAUUACCCAAAUUGAUAAUGAUUUAAAGGCUAAAGCUAAUAACUACAAUACUCUUAAGAACACCUUAGCUGGUAUUGAUCGUAAAACAACUGGUUCACUUGUUUCAAAAGAUUUAUCUGAAAUUGUUAAGGCUGAUGACUUUGUUUUAAAUAGUGAAUAUUUACAAACUUUAAUGGUUGUUGUACCAAAAACAUCUGCCAAAGAAUGGGAAAGUAGUUAUUCAACUUUCAAUGAUAAAGUUGUUCCUGGAUCUAGUAGAUUAAUUCAUGAAGAUGGAGAACAUUGCCUUUACAGUGUUACUCUUUUUAAAAAAGUAAUUGAUGAGUACAAGAUUAAAUGUCGUGAACUUAAAUUUAUUGUUAGAGAUUUUGUUUAUGAUGAAGAAGCAUUGAAAGCUGGAAAAUCUGAUCGUGAAAAAGUUUUCCAAGAAGUUAGAAAACAACAUCCACCAUUAGUUCGUUGGUUAAAGAUUAAUUUUAGUGAAAUCUUUUCUGCCUAUGUUCAUAUUAAGGCUUUAAGAGUCUUUGUUGAAUCAGUUCUUAGAUAUGGUUUACCAGUCAACUUUCAAACUGUUCUUAUGGAACCACAUAAGGGUGCCCAAAAGAAACUUCGUUCAGAACUUAACAAGUUGUACUCUCAUUUGGAUGGAUCAGCUUCAGGACCAAUUGAUACUUUUGAAGAUUCACCAGCACUUAUGCAACUUGGUGUUCAUGACUACUACCCUUAUGUUUUCUUCAAAUUGAACAUUGAUUUUGUUCAAGAGAAACGUUAA